AUGGAUUCUUCAGCAACCAUGACCUCCGAGCAAUCGUCUCUCAAGCGGCCACGUUCUCCCACCGAGCACAACCCACUGCCUGCCGCAAAGGUUCCCCGGACCACCGCGAACCCCCUACAAAUCAAUUACUUGGCCCGACUACAUAAAGAGACGAUCCCUCUCGUCACUCCUAAAGACACGCUCCCAGAAAUAGCCCGCCUUAUCAGUGAAUAUGAUGGGGUGAUACAGCGCCAUGAGAGCAUGGCCGGGAAUCUGGGAGCAUGCCCUCUCGGACCCAUCUUGCUCAAACGGUUCGAGAGAUUGUUCGAUGGACCUCCAAAGGUGCUGAAGUCGUCUUCAAAGGAUAAUACAGUUACCUGGCUCGAUGUGGUGGAGUUCGCCCAGAACAACCCCAAACAGUUCAAUCUGGAGCGCCAACGCAACGGCGUCAGGGUCUGUCAGUUCUUCACCAAGCAGUGUCGAGUUGAAAUCUCCGAGGAGGACUUCGUUCUUAUCGCCAGCGGUAUGCCUCAGAAGCUUAUUCCGCCGCAGCCCAUCAAAGAGGAUGAAGAGAAGGAACUCGCCGUCAUGGAGUUGUUGGAUCGUAACCUCGGUCAAGUCAUCCAACUCGCAGAUCAAGUGUCUGGGAGGGCCCGGCAGCUAAUCCACAAGAUGAAGAACCGCCGCACGGCGAUUUUGGCUAGGCGCGAACAAGAGGAAGAGUUGCGUAGAAGAAAUGCUAUGGGUCCUGAAGCGUCUCCCAUGUCACACGAGACCAAUGGAAUUAACACUGGCAGGCCCCUGAGGAGCAUCGAGGUGUCCCAGUCUCCUCCGGUUGGCUUUACUGCUGUUAAUCUCAGACAGCAAGCUGCUGGCGAUGCCGAGACACGGCCUUCUCGGGGUCCGGGUGAUACGGGGCGGCCACAAGGCGAGGAACUGUACCACACGGCCAAUGCAGGGAACGUGACCAUCAUCAACGGCAAAUCCGUUAAAGACGCCUCACCUUCUGUCCGAGCAGAGAUGAUGAAGAAGUUCCUGACGCCGGACGAACGAGAAGCCGGAAUGACUGACGACACCGGGCGCCGGUCUUCAAUGGGUAUGGGGCGUACAAACGCGACGCAAGCAUCGUCAGCAGAAAACGCUCGGUCAGGCUCGAUGGAUGAGAUCCUGGGUGGAAGCUCGGGUAGCAAGAACUUGUCCUCGGUGGCAAUCCCCAACACACCAGCGUCCCUGAUGCCUCAUUUGAAACCUGCAUCAGCGGAUAGAUAUGAUGAUGGUGGGCCGUACAAGGCGGAAAUGGUGAAGCGAAUGGACAGUAUGUGGAAGGGACAGAGAAUCUUUCCUCCGUGUGAUCGGUGCCGGAGGCUACAUAUGGAUUGUCUGAAGAAUCUUACGGCGUGCAUGGGUUGUACUAGAAAACACGCCAAAUGCUCGUGGAAAGAUGUUCAGGAACACGAGCUCCAAGCUACAGGACCACCAUCUCAGUCGCCGGAGAGAGAUGCAGCCGUCGCGCCAGGCCCGGACCCUGGUCAUGCACAAUCAUCACAACCGUCGCAACCGUCGUCCACUAAGUCCACCAUUGAGGUUGCCCAGCCCUCGAAUGGGGCAGAAGGACCGGCUAGCAUUGCAAGAGCUUCCUUGCAUUUGGCUGGUGAAAGCACUGAGGGUGCAAAUGGUUCUACGCAAAGAGGACAGAAUGAAGCAGAAGCCGAUAAACCCACUGCGCCGGCUCCAGCACCGGCUCCAGGUGAUUUGCCCUCAGCACGAUUCGAUGUGCGGCCACCGCCAUUGGCUCAGCAACUACAGGAUGCCGCGGAAGGCCGAGCACCGCCGGGACCAAACUCGUUCGCCACGCCAAGCUCACCAGUCCGAAGGUAUCGUGAGCAGGAUGACGACGAUGAUGGCGAAGGGGAUCGCUUACAAGCACUGGCAUCUCGCGUCUACCGCACCGCAUCUCAGACUGGACAUCGGGGUGCUUAG